CCGUGCACGCAUGCGCAUUGGCCAUCAAGUAUUUCUUUUUUUUUUUUCUUCAAAGCAUGGGUUUUAGGAAACAAAGUUUAACGAAGCAAAGAUGAAGACAAGACAUAUAUCUCUGCUCGGAUAUAUGGACGACGAACCAGUGGAAAUCAUGGUCAUGUUUGCAAUAUAAUAUAUAUAUAUCUCUUCCAUUGACUCUUUUAUUUUAAUUAACAUUAUUAUUAUUGUUAUUAUUAUUAUAAUACGACCAAUAUUGCUGCCGGUACCCGUCUCUCAUAAAUAUUAUUAUAUAAAUCUAGCCAAACCCCUUCUUUAUUCCCACCAAAUUCGUUUCAAAUCCAAUCACCGUCUCUUCUCAUUUACCCAGCAACACAUAUAUACAUACACACACACACAUAUACAUACAUACACACAUAUAUAUACAUAUAUACACUGUGGGGUGGUUGUUGUUUUAGAAGCGUGUAUAAUGAUAAAUUCUGUGUGAGUGGUGUAUCUAAAUAUAUUCCUCACCAAUUCCAUAAAGUUUCUCUUCUGAAUCCUGGUCCCAAAUAGUGUUGCUAGGUAGAUUGCCUGUGUUUGUGUGUCUCUCUGUGUGUGUAUACAUACAUACAUAUAUAUAUAUAUAUAUAUAUAUAUAUAUAUAUAUAUUGGUGUCUCUUCUUGAGGUUCCAGUAGAGAAUGGGAACUUGUUAACUGUGUUGUGUGGAUAUGUAGAUACAUACGUAUAUCUAUGCGCUUGUACGUAUGUUUAAUUAAAGGGUAAAACUUCCUUGUACAUUCAUACAAACUAGAGAAAUAUAUACAUCAAAUAUAUACGCAUUCAUAUAUAUAUAUAUAUAUAUAUAUAUAUACAGUGAGAGAGAGAGAGGUAAAACAAGACAACCUAAAGAAAUAUACAUCACUCUGUAUUUAUAUAUAUAUAUUAUAUAUAAAGAAAAAAACACUUGCUGAAACAACAAUAUAUAUACAUGUUUAUGAAUAUAAAAUACACAUAUAUCAUAUAUGUGUAUAAGUAAGACUAUAUAUUAUUAAAAGGCAGGGAAAAGUUUUGAGACAAACAUGCAGGAUAUAGUAGCACCAGUCCAUAACUUGAAAUUUGAGAUCGAAUAUGCCUUGGAGAACCAACUUGGAUGCCGGCCGUUGCCAUUCCCAGGAAUGGACAAAUCUGGUGCAGCAAUUUGCACAUUCUUCAUGCGAGGCCUCUGUUCAAAGGGCAGUUCAUGUCCAUUCCGUCAUGUCAAAGGAGACCGAACCAUUGUCUGCAAGCAUUGGUUACGAGGUUUGUGCAAGAAAGGCGACGACUGUGAAUUUCUCCAUGAGUACGAUAUGUCUAAGAUGCCUGAAUGUUAUUUUUUCUCUAAAUUCGGUCAAUGCAGCAACAAAGAAUGUCCAUUCCUACACAUUGAUCCUGAGAAGAAGAUCCGAGAUUGCCCAUGGUAUGACCGAGGUUUCUGUCGACAUGGUCCCAACUGUAAGAACAGACAUGUACGGCGUGUUAUAUGCCAGAGUUACCUGAACGGCUUCUGUUGCGAUGGCCCUAACUGUAAAUAUGCAUAUGACAAAAUCCGAAAUCAACAGAUUGCCCAAAUUCAAGUUGACCAGUCCAUGUCAGUGGACGGACGUCGACCACUUGACCAAGUGACAUGCUUCAAGUGCGGAGAAAAGGGCCACUAUGCAAACAAAUGCCCCAAGGGUCAUCUCGCGUUCCUCAGUAACACGGCAAUUGUGUGACAACACGCUGAACCAUGAACCACCAUCGCUCUUAACAAGUCUCAUGGACAGGUAUUACGUACCUGUGUUCCAUGUAUGAAUGCCCAUGUGUGUAUGUGUGUGUGAUUUAUAUAUCUUUCACACCCACAUGUGUAUAUAUAUAUAUAUAUAUAUGUGUGUGUUGUAUGUAUGUAUGUAUAUAUAUAUAUAUAUAUAUACACGCGUGUAUAGCAUUUGAAUUGGUUAUGCCUGUAUAUUUCUAAGAAUGAGGAAAACAUUAUUCAUGAAUGAAAUUUUCUGGAACUUGUCGUCGUCACACAAGUGCGAUGCUUAUGAUUCAAUAGGAUGUAUUUUUGUAUUUUCAAUACACUCUAGACCUUCAGUCUCUGAUUAACAAUGAUGAAUGAAUUUUGACCACUUAUACACAUACAUACACACUCCUCCAUGUGUAUAUAUAUACACAUGUAUAUUCAUACGUAUUUCUGUGUAUGUAUGUAUAUAUAUGUACACACACACACACACAUACAAAGGCUUUAUGUUGGGGAAUGGAAAACAUAUCUCCUGUCUUCAUUCUUUGUACAGUUUGAAACUGUAUUUCCUAUCUUCUCCAACCCCUCCUGCUCCCCCCACCCACUGCCUUCAUCUCCUCCCAUCCACUGACCAUUUCUCCAUCAGCCUCCUCCUCCCUGUUCCAUCUCAUGCCUAUCAGUCUCUAUCCCCUCCAUCCAUGCCCUCUUCACCUUCAUAUCCCACCCCUACUCGUUCCUUUCCAUGUUUCAAUAAAAAUUUGUUUAAAAAAAAAGAAAUUAUUAUAAUCAA